CAGUUUAGUUCGGAAUGCGUCUUUGUCGGUAUAAAACGCAAAGUGAAGUCUGCUGUGCAAAAUGAUGAAUUAUAUGAUUGAUAAGGUGAUUUUAGCUAGUACAUCUUACGACAGUAGUACAUAUAGCAAACGUUCUAGGGUCGCAUCGGAAUGGACUCCGUUGUUGGGUAAUCCUGAUACAUUUUUCAUUAUCCCACAACGAUGGGUAAUGGCCAUCAUGGGAUUUCUGGCGGUGGCCAAUGCAUACACAAUGCGUGUGUGUCUGAAUAUAGCCAUCACUCAGAUGGUGAGGCGGCAUGCACCAUCAGCGGCGUAUGAAGAUGGAUCCUGUCCUGCUGAAGUUGAGGAAGCUCUAUCCGAGACCUCUGAAAUCAGUGGAUACGAUUGGGAUGAAGAGACUCAAGGCAUAAUUUUGAGUGCAUUCUAUUACGGAUACAUUGUAACGCACUUACCUGGUGGGAUGUUAGCUGAGAGAUUUGGCGGGAAAUACUCUCUUGGGUUUGGAGUACUUAGUACAGCUAUUUUCACUCUUCUCACGCCAUGGACAGUGAACAUAGGUGGCGCCACUGGCCUCAUUAUCUUACGAGUCUUGGAAGGACUCGGGGAGGGUACAACGUUCCCCGCAUUAAAUGCAAUGCUUGCCCGAUGGGCUCCAGUAUCUGAGAGAGGAAGAAUGGGUUCCCUUGUGUUUGGAGGAGCUCAAAUAGGAAAUAUUGCUGGAACGUAUUUCUCUGGAUUAGUCAUUAAAGAGACUGGUGACUGGGAGUCUGUAUUCUAUCUCUUCGGCAGUAUUGGAAUUUUGUGGUUCAUUUUAUGGGCUCUACUUUGUUACAACGACCCUGAAUCUCAUCCAUACAUAUCUGACAAAGAGAAGAAAUACCUGGAAGAAGCGCUUGGUAGACAUCGUAAUAGCCAGCCAUCAGCUAUUCCGUGGAAAGCUAUCUUUAUGUCGGUUCCGCUAUGGGCCCUUGUGUGUGCACAGAUUGGCCAUGAUUACGGCUACUUCACAAUGGUGACGGACUUACCAAAGUAUAUGACCGGCGUCCUGAAAUUCGACAUCCACAGAACGGGAACGUUGGCUGCGUUGCCUUAUAUUGUGAUGUGGAUAAGUUCAAUCAUAUUCGGCUGGCUGUGUGAUAAGAUUGUGAAGAGGCAAUGGAUGACUGUCACUAAUGCUAGAAAGACUUUUACGACAAUCGCGUCUGUCGGCCCCGGUAUCUGCAUGAUCCUGGCGUCAUACUCCGGCUGUAAUACUGAGACAGUUGUCAUAUUAUUCACGGCUUCCAUGGGUCUCAUGGGAGCCUUUUAUCCAGGAAUGAAAGUGAACGCUCUGGAUCUUAGCAGUAACUACGCCGGUACCAUAAUGGCUAUUGUGAACGGUAUUGGAGCUAUUACAGGAAUAAUAGCGCCUUUCUUGGUUGGACUGUUAACACCUGAUAGCACUCUCGUACAAUGGCGUCUAGUAUUUUGGAUCACCCUAGCGGUAUUUAUCGUUACGAAUUUAGUAUUCGUGGCGUGGGCAUCCGGCGAUGAACAGUGGUGGAACAGCACACCUCAAGAAGCGAAAAAGCAGACAGAGGCUUCCGGUUCCGUUAAUACUGACGUUAAGGCUCAGGCGUAGCUUUUUAAUUGGUUAGUGUCCAAAGAGUUCAGAUAACAAAUUGUCGUUAAAAUUAUACCGAUACCGAUGCUGUUACAGAAAUAUUGCCGAUAUCGAUACCAACGCUCAUUGAAUUAAAAUUAAUUUCAGGUAAAAUAUAUCAAGUUUUGUUUAGUAUACGUAAUUAAAAUUCAGAAUUAAGAGUAAUCAUUUAAUAUAAUAAAAUCAAGAUUUUUGUAUUUCUGUAUUGUAUCUAAUUUGGUAUCGAAAAAUUACUACUAUAAUUCAUGUCUCGUUUGCAACGCACUAGAUCAAACAAGAUGCGUGUCUACAUAAAAUUUUUGAUUUUGAUAUAUCGGCAAACCCAAAGUAUCACCGAGUUGCAUCCCUAGUUAAAAUAUUAUUCACAAUCAUUAUGUAUUAUAAUUUUAUACAAACAUUACACAAAUAUACAAAAAUCAUGCUAAUUAAUAAUCAAUAAGUCUUGUUAACUGAACUCUUUGGAAUAGAAGUUAAAAGUACAAAAAGUAUUUUAAACAUUGAUUCUUUCUGAAUACCAAAACGUAAUUCACCAUACGUAGGCACCAAAUAAAGUCAUUAAUCAUCAAUUACUACACAUACUGCAGCUAUAAUAAAGAAAACAACUACGAUUGUUGAUUAACGUUUAACGAGAUAUUAAAACCAAGCGAUAGUCACGUUUUGGAGUUCAGUAAGAAUCAACUGCCAGUGAUGUGAUAGUAAAUUAUGAAUAGAAACUAAUAGAUAAUAUUGAAAUUGCAAAGCGAUUGUUACAUGGGAAUUUUGUUUAAUAUAGGGGAUAUAAAACAAAAGACGAACGAGUCAUUUCGUAUGAUUGUUCAAACGGGAACACGGAACGUGACGCGUCGCGUCUCUCACUCCCAGAUCCCCGCUCCUGAAUCAUUCUUUUUAUACAAUUUUAAUUCGGAUUCGACGUUGUCAUUUGUCAAAUACUAUUAAGAGACAAUUCAAUGAAUAAUGUUGUUGAUUUUAUUGGAAUGUCGAUAAUUGUAAUGAAAUACUUUAUAUAUAGUUUGAAGCGUUUAUGACUUUUUAUAAUUCUGAAACAGGAAAGACAUUUUUGUCUCGUCUAUUAUAUAAGUGGUAAUUAUCCCGCCACACAAGUAAAAUUUGUACAUAUUUAACUGAUUUUCUAUAAUUAUAGGUAAAAACAUGAGUUCACUUGUUUUUUUAAAAUAUGCAUAUGUGAAACAUUAUUAUAAUAACACAGUUGUCAUCUCAAACUUUUUUAUGUGGCAUUGUACAUUACUGAAUGUGUUUGUAAAUAGGUAUGAAUGGAAGUGUAGUAUUUAAAAGUUAUACUAGAUGGCGCGAAUAUUAACCGUAUGCCUUUGUUAAAAUUUUGUUAUAGCAUCAGUUAAAUGUUAAUAGUAAUUGAAAAAAUGUAACACAAAAUUAUCAACCGAUAGUCUCAAUUAAACCACGAUGUUACAGUAAUGUUAAAUUUAACUGUAUUUUUUUUUGUUAAUAUCAGUAAAACAAGAAAAGGCUGUGAACAAAAUUUAUUAGAUUAACACAAAGUUUGAAAAAUUUGUGCCAUUUGAACGAUCUGUUGUUAUAUGAAAAUAGUUAUAAGGAAUGUAUUAUACUGUUUUAAUAAAUAAUUUAAUUUAA